AUGACUCUACAUCUGCCGGCUUUCAGUACCAGCCCCAGCUCCAUCAGUCUGACGCCUACAGACCACGAGGCCAUACGAUACUUUCGUACCAUAUUUGCACGACGCCACCACACAAAGAAUCCAGAAUUCUCCGUCUACUCCAUCAUCUUCAAUAUUGCCCAAUCCGAACCGCUUGUCAUGCACACUGUAUUGGCACUGGGCUGCCGGGCAAUCCAGCCCCGAGACCAGACCAGUACAACACCCCACAAACAAGAUUGGAGCCAUCUAUGCCACUACUCGUCGGCCCUGGGGCGGCUGAAGGAGGAGAUAGAGACGGGCUCCGAAAGCGACGAGUCUUUUAAUUUUGAUGCCUGUUUCACGGCGCUCUAUGUUAUGCUGCUCUAUGAGCAAAACUUCAGUGGCGAUGGCUUUGCGGGACUCACGCAUCAUUUUCAUGGUGCUGCCAUGAUUCUACGGCACCGUGGGCAUUAUAUCAAAAGAGACCUGGAGACAUUGGCGACACCGUUGGCCAUAUGCCGACGCGGGUCAGAGCAAGGACUUUCCUUAUACUCGGCACGUAUUCUGAUAUGGAUCUCGCUGUGUGACGCUAGCGCGGCAACUUAUGGCAUCGGCGGAUCGUUCAACGCAGCCUUGGACGAAGUUCUGGGACGUACUGACCCCGGGGGAACUGAGAGCCUACACACAUUUUCAAAUUCCCUGUUUCGGAUCAUGUGGGGUAACGCGUACCCGCAGAACGAGCUGAUGGACGACAUCGAAAACAGGAGUGUUUUCGAACUGAUGGUGUACUGCUACCGGGCCAGGUACUCUCUUGCAGCCGUCGCCCAAUCACUGAGAGCUGGAGAUGUGGAAGAGUCGCAAAAUCAAACUGAAGCCACAAAGCUCCUGAUUCAGUUCAUCGCCGCGCGAUACCGUGAGCUGUUGGAAGUUGCCAGCGGACUCCUGCCUUCCACAGACCAUUCACACAGAUUAGUGGCCAAUCUGCGAGGCAUCGUGCCCCAUUACCACGCCGCUGUUAUUUUACUGUCCCGGCUCACAGAGAACAGCCCGAUAUCACCUGUCAUUGCGGACCCGAAAGCGCACGUCAAUUCCAUCAUGAGCCUCGCCCGGCAGGCGUACCGACAUCAAGGCGUCGACGCCAUGGUUCGUAUCGCCUGGCCGCUGCUCGUCGUGGCUCUGGAAACACGAGACCAGCCAACGCGAGAUUGGAUAGUCUCUCGAUUCCAUUCCAUGGUGGGUCUGAGCAAGAAUAUGGAGCGUACCGAGGACUUUCUGAGGAACUCCGCGGGCCCUCCGGAAGCAACCAGUGUAGCUUGGGCGGACCCUCGCCGCUGGUUUCGUUCAGGAGAUGGCACGCCAUUCAUCGUCUGA